UGAGCAGUUGGUGUCCUGCCUCGGUCGAUGGCACUUCGCGCUGCGCUUCUCACGUUAAGUGUUAACUACUUACUGUGAUGUUUAUAUGUCACACAUACCGGCCAUGUUUGGUAUUUAGCGCGUGAAUAUGUGCAGAAUUUUAUAGUUCUUGAAGCUGAACAACAAUGAUGGACAGUUAGGCAGGAUGGGCUCAGAAUACCUGAAGUGUAAGCAGGAAUCUCUCCGUUGUUGGACGUGACCCAGUCUGACACGUAGGCUGCCACUGGACUUCACGUAAUGGUCUCCUGCCAAAUCAGUGGUACUUCACGGUAUCGAGAGUCGAUCCCAGAUGUCCGAGUUCAGUAGUCAAAAACCCUAAAGGCCCAGUCUUGCGGUCGCUGUUGGACCUGAUGUAAGAAGAGGAAUGAAGCAGUGAGCAUGUACGCCCGGAGGACGUGGCUGCUGCGGCUGAGCGUGUGCCUGAACGUGGUGGUCCUGCUGUACGCAUGCUCGUAUCUCGCCACCUCUCGCAAUGGUGUCGACUUCGUGGAGGAGACGGUGUCCGGCCGCAGCCUCGCGGCGCUCGACACGGCGCAGCUACCCGUGUCCAGCGCGGCCGACGCCACGUCGCGCCCGCCUCCCAACGAGCCGCAGCCGCCUCUCAGUGCCAUGGCAUCCAGUGGCGCAGGUCCAUCGAAUGCCACGAGGAAACCGAAUAGCGGCGCAACAGUGGACCCACCUGCGUCGAACCCCGAGCCAGUCACCGAGCGCGAGAAGACGCUGAGCGAAGUGAUAAAGUGCUACGAUCGCACCAGCGAGCCGCGCAUGGCACAGCGAGGCGACUUCUGGGUGCUGUACAAUUACGUGCGCGCCGAUCGGACGUUCCACUGUUGGGAGUCAAUAACGUACACGACACACGCCGAUUACACCUUCCUUGAUAACCUGAAGCCACUGCUAGAGAGGUGGCGGGGACCUGUGUCACUAUCUGUGCACGCGCCGGGCACGGACUUCAAGCCAACGCUGGAAGCGAUCCGUUGGGCGCGCGACUGCCUGUCGCCUCUCGUGGCGGAAUACGUGACAUUCCACGUGUUCUUCAGCUCGCGGCACAUUCCCAAGGAGCUGCCGCGCUCCGCCGACGCCUCUGCCAAGGGGCUGUCAGACUGCAACAAGCCCGCACCCUGGGUCAACGUGUCUGCGGCGUCGCUGUACAAGACGCGCAGCCGCAUCUUGUAUCCUGUCAACGUGGGCAGGAACGCCGCGCGCGAGUCUGCCACUACCCAUUACGUACUGCCGUCGGAUAUCGAACUCUACCCUAGUCCUGGUGUCAUUCCAGAUUUCCUAGAGAUGAUCCGUCGGCAGGAUAAACCUCUACUACGACCAAAUCCGAAAGUAUUUCCACUCUCCAUCUUCGAACUGGAGAAGGGUGCAACGCUUCCCGAAAAUAAGGAGCAGUUGGUAAAGAUGCUGAAGAAUGGGACAGCAAUUCCAUUCCAUAAGAAACUGUGUCCAGGAUGUCACAAUGUGCCAAAAUCCAAAGAAUGGCUAGCUGCCAACAUCACAAAAGGGCUUCAUGUCUUUCAUAUUGGGAAACGCAUAGGCUACCAUGUACACUGGGAACCAAUUUUCAUUGGUACCCAUCAGGAUCCACUGUAUGAUGAGCGCCUUAGCUGGGAAGGAAAGAGUGAUAAAAUGCCACAGGGAUAUGCUCUCUGUGUCUUGGAUUAUGAGUUUCAAAUUCUGGACAAUGCUUUUUUGGUGCAUAAGCCUGGAAUAAAAGUAUUGAAGAAAGAUCCACAGAGGGCAAUGUUCGCAGCAAAAACCAAUGCUCUCAUCAAGAAAGUUAUCUUUCCUGAACUGAAGGUACUAUAUGGUGUUAGAAAAGGUUGUGCAGUGUAACACUUGGACACACGCACAUUAUCCUGAGACAGGUAAUGUCUUUCUGGUGUACUUAACCAAUGGAUUUGAUGUUAGUUGCAAAAUAGAGGCAUAUCUUUCAAUAUGGAGCAGUUCAGAUGUUCAAAUUAGUUUGCAGCACAAUGUUUAAUUUUGUGGCUGCUACUGUUGGUUAUUUAAUAUUAUUAUUGUCAUAACUAUUCUUAUUAUCAUCAUCAUAAUCAUUAUUAUUGCUAUUUUUAUUAUUAUUGUUGUUGUUGUUUAGGGCUAUGCUCUCUGUGAUUUGCUAGGUGAUAGACUGUGAAUGUUGUAUAGUGAAAGACUACUUCUGAAUAAUAGUUUUGGUGUGCUUUCUAUGUGAGUGCUAGUUCUAUAGUUCGUGUGCUGGGAUGUGUUAGAGUAAAUAUAAGGAACUGAGGAAAUUGGUGCAGUGUAAAUUAUUCACUCAUAGUUUAGAUGGAGGUACAGCUUUAAGUGGAAAAUUAUAUAUGUAUAUGUACUUCACUGUAGCUCAAAUUAUGCUCGUAAAUCGUGGACAUUAUGCUACUGUGAUUUACAUAUGUAUUACACCCGUCAUGUGGAGAAUAUAUGUAUAUAGUGAAUAUUUCCAUAAAUGCACGGUUUUGUUUUUACGGUAUUCCUACAGGGUGUAGUUUCCACAAAAUGAAAUUGGGACUUCGUACAGAGUUGCCUACGACUGAAGUGUGACUGUAUAAAAUGUGUGCAUUGUGACUGUGGGGCAAAACUGGAUUAAAUGUAAUGGAGUGGUGAAAAAUUAAGAAGCUGAACAUGUUGAAAUUAUAUGAAGGAAUUGGCACAAUUUUUGGCGCACAGUUAAAUUAGAAAGAUUACUUCUUACAGUAAACAGUGUAUGUAUCUGGAUAUUUAUGACUUUGUGAAAUGUUGUAUUUUAUGAAACAAUUGAGAGAUACCUUAUUAACAGUUCUUGUUCAAAGUACUGAGAUAGCUAGGGCUGCAGGCUAUAUUUUCAGUGUAGAAAUUAAAAAAGGAUAAGUUUGUAUGCUCUGACAUUAGCAUGCAGUAUUCUAUAAUGGGUAGAGUGUGAAGGAUGAAUUGCACAAUUUUUCAGAGAUGAGUGUAGAGACUCCUAAUUGUCACCAAUACAUGGGACAAGGAAGAAACUAUUUUUUACUGUAUCUCAGUUAUUAAAACACUAUUUGUGUGUUCAUUAUGUUGCCAUAUACUUAAGUUAUUUCUGAGUAGUGUCUUUAAAAUGGCACUGGCAGUGUAAACAAAUUUAGUAUAAUUUGUGAUGUGAAGUCACUUUUUUGUAGUAUGUGCCAUGAUUGAGUUUGUGCUGUGUUUUAUGUCAAUGUUUCUAACUUUCUAAGUUCCUGUUAAUGAGAUUGUUUUCCUUUAUUUCUUCCUUCAGAUACAAAUGACCACUUCUUGAGCUUUAAAUGGCGACCCAUUAUAGUCAUACAAAAUGUGAUAUACAUAGAUGUAAACUCCUAUUUUCUUCAUAGUAGUGGAAAAACUAAUGUGCAGUACAUUACACCAAUUUGUAAACUGACAAGAGUAAAUUGUGCCUUAAUAUCUUUUCCGAUCCUAACUUUUCUACAGAGUAAUAAAGCAAAAUUGGUUGUUGGAAAAACAAUCUCAAGCAUAUAUUUUUAUUGGUGUGCUGUACAGAAUUUCUGUUUUUAUGUUGUGUUACUACUUUAGAGCAGAAAUAGGUGUCAAAGUAUUAAUGUCUCAGAAAAUUUGUUUGAAACUUCAUUACAGGCAAUUCAAAGCAUCCAAAUAUUGAAGCCAGUUGUGUUCACAUUACUGUCUUUCGUGUUAUGUUAAGUCUCAUUGAAAUAUCACAAAAAAUGCAGUUAGACUUGUUCCUAACUCAAAUAUAAGUAUUAUGUAGCAUAUAAGCUUUGUUAAAUAGUAACAACUAUUUGAACAUGAAAGAUAAAGCUUGAUAAGUGAAUUAAAGAUGGAAAAGUGUUGAAAAUUUUGUUAACUGAAUAAAGAAAUAAUUUUAGAUGUUGUAUAUAGUCUGUAUUUGUUGAGAGAGCCAGAGAUGAAUGUAAAAUGUUUAUUGUAAAAUACAGUGGAACUAUCUAUGCUGAAAGAGUAUAUCACCUCUUUGUAUUACUAUCAAAGCACUCUUAUGGCUGUCUUGAAAGGACUAAUCUCCCUACUGAUCAGUCUCUUCAGAAUUGAGCAAUUAUUGGAUGAGUGUUUUGAAACUGAUACUGAAAGAGAUGGGGCAUGGUGGUGGUAAGUGGGUGAUGGGAUAGUAAUUAUCAUAGUAAAAAAACCAUGUUUGUGAGUCAAGAGGUUGUGCGAUCCAUUUUUCAGAGGACAAACAGGUUGGAAUGGGCCCUUGUUAGCUAAAAUUAAUGCUUUGUACUUGGUAGCAUUCCUUCCUAUAUUUAACUAAUCCUGUAUAUGUAUCAAAGUUAGUGCUGUCUAUUUUGUGUCAAAUUUAAUGUAGUACCAAUGAACAUUUACAAAGGAAAAAAGAUUGCACUAUGUACUUGCAAAAUGAAUAUUUUCGAUACCAUGUCAGUGUGGAACUGUCAGUUUUAUUGUAGUUGCGAUCCUAAGUUUUCGUGAAAUAUGAUGUUUUUAAAUGUCAGAAAGAAAGUACUGUGUGAGUGUAUGUCUCUUUGUGUAAUAAGAAACAUAUUUCAAAUUA